CAACAGAGGCGGAGCAAACCUCUCUAUGCGAACACACUUCCCUCUCCGCAUUUACUGAGGAGCAUCUUUGAGAGAUGCAUGCACCACGGACAUUACCGCAAUGAGAGAUGGUGUGUGUUGUUGUAGACUAGCUGUGUGACGGAGGGUCUGACUCGGAGCAGAUGCGGCUCUUGCCAUGGUUCGUCCCGGGAAGCAGAGCGUUGAAGCGGCGUUGAUCUUCCUGUCUGUCGCCCAGCUCACCGCAGGUCUGAGGUGUGUGUGCCAGCUUUGCACCAACCACACCUGUGAGACGGCCGCAGACGGCGCCUGCUGGAACUCUGUGAUGCUGAUCGAGGGGAAGGAGGAGACGGUGAAGUCGUGCCUGUCUCCCUCGGAGAUGAAGGGUCAGGUCUUCUGCUACAGCUCUCGAAAUGUCUCCAAAAGGAACUGCUGCUUCACUGACUUCUGCAACAAUGAGACUCUGCACCUGCAGCCAGAGAGGCCUUUGGAGGAGCCGGGCUGGAGCCGGCUGCAGCUGGCUGCGGUGAUCCUGGUGCCCUCAUGCCUGAUGUGUGUGGGGGUCCUGCUGGGUGUGGUGGUGGUCCAGAGCCACUGCUGGGCCCACAAGCAGGACCUGGAGGAACCUCUGGAUGACCAGAUGUUGAUGUCAUCUGACAAAUGUCUCAAAGACCUCAUCUACGACAUGAGCACAUCGGGCUCUGGAUCAGGCCUGCCCCUGCUGGUCCAGCGGACUAUAGCUCGGACCAUUGUCCUGCAGGAGACCAUUGGGAAGGGUAGAUUUGGGGAGGUGUGGCGGGGAAAGUGGCGAGGAGAGGAUGUGGCGGUGAAGAUUUUCUCCUCUAGAGACGAGAGGUCCUGGUUUCGUGAAGCAGAGAUUUAUCAGACCAUCAUGCUCAGGCAUGAGAACAUCUUAGGCUUCAUUGCUGCGGACAACAAAGAUAACGGCUCGUGGACUCAGCUCUGGUUGGUGUCAGAGUACCAUGAGCAUGGCUCCCUGUAUGACUACCUGAACAGGUACACGGUCCCUUUGGAAGGCAUGAUCGUCCUUGCUCUGUCCAUAGCCAGUGGGCUGGCACAUCUCCACAUGGAAAUCAUCGGAACACAAGGGAAACCUGCGAUUUCCCACAGAGACCUGAAGUCGAAAAAUGUCCUUGUGAAGAAUAACGGCACCGCAGUCAUCGCAGACUUGGGUUUGGCUGUGAAACACGACUCAAGCACCAACUCCAUCGACAUACCGUCCAACCACAGAGUGGGAACCAAGAGGUACAUGGCCCCAGAAAUCUUGGAUGAGUCAUUCCAUAUGAACAGCUUUGAGUCAUUCAAGAGGGCGGAUAUCUACUCUCUGGGCCUGGUGUUCUGGGAACUGGCUCGGAGAUGCUCUGUUAGAGGACUGCAUGAAGAUUUCCAGCUGCCUUAUUAUGACCUGGUGCCUUCUGAUCCAGCCAUCGAGGACAUGAGGAAGGUGGUGUGUGAUCAGAAACUCAGACCCAACGUUCCUAACCAGUGGCAGAGCUGCGAGGCUCUGCGUGUGAUGGGAAAACUGAUGAGAGAGUGCUGGUACACCAACCCUGCUGCUCGACUCACCGCUCUGCGGGUCAAGAAAACUGUUUCUCAGCUGUCCUUCAGCAAGGACGUCAAAGAUUAAGUAAAUUUGUUGCCCUGCUGAUCACCACUGGUGCUGGCACUGGUGCGACACGAAGGACAGAGUCACAGUAACUGGGAGACGCUAUUCUCUCUAACGGCCUGAGGCUGCCCUCUUCAGGAGACCACCACAUUGUUCACCCUCAGAGAGCAACUUCAGGUCUGUUUUUGGUGCCAAAGUAUUGUAGGGGUGUCCAUGGCUGCUUUGCACAUAGACAAUCACUCAAAACAGUUAACCAAACAGCUGAAAUGUCGCUAGAAAGUGCUAUAAGAAAUAAGAAUAUAUAUAAUGAAUAAACAGAUUAUUUUGCUACCUCAGACUUUUAAGUGCCCAAAGCUUAAAGUUGCACAUUGUAGUAUUUUUGUGCCAUAUCUUAUAACAAAUGCAGUAUUGCUGAGUAGCUUAUGUGCCUACUGACAAUCACACAUGAUACUGGAAGCUUAUUAACAGACUUUCCCUGAUCAUCUGAAUUUUAAAGUGUUUGAAGUGCUUUAAAAAGUGAUUGCAGUAUACUAAUGUUCACUGUAUUGCUUGUGUUUAGUGUAAAUGUUACUGUACAGGAAUACAGCUGUGUGUAUCCAACUGGAAGAUAUCUGUUAGCUUAAUAUAUUAAAUGUGAAUAUAUCCAAGUGUUUUUAUUUGUGAAAUGUUACUAUCCAACUAUUGAUUCGUAUCAACAUUGGAUGGCAAUGAGAGUUUAUACGUUAGUCCAAAUACUUUUGAAUGGAUGAAGUUAAGUAAAGACAUUCCUGGUCCCCAGAGGAUGAACCCUAAUACAUUUGGUGAUCCCCCAACUUAUAGUAUAACUGGGGCUGAUCAAAACAAAAACAAAAGUAAAGCCUGACAAACUAAGACUUGGCCUAUCCUAAUAUAAUCCGAGUAACCCCUUACAUUUGGUUGGUUAGUUAAAAGCUUGACUGUUACUCUGGCGCCACCUUGUAAAUAUUUACACUGACUUAUUGUUUUCACUUAAAUUUAAGUGAUAAAGCUGCCUCUCUUAGAUUAGAUUAUAUAUGAUUUAACACCCUAAAGGGAAGUGCAUAAGCUCCUGCUUCAUAUAUUUUGCACAUUUUGCUGUAAAGAGUUGUUGAAAAACUAAAUAAAUGGCAUCAUGGUUAAAAGUUAUUUGCUUUAUAUUUCUUAAAUAUAUUAAUUUACACUGGAAGAAUUUUAUUGAAAUGAUAAAUUCUUAGCUGCCUUACUGCAGAAUUCAGAACUUGAGUAUUGUUAACAUUGGCUUGACAACUAGGUAGUUAUGUAAGAAAACAAUUCACCCUACAAGCCUGAUACUGUUUAUGUAAAACAGCAAUUAGGAUAAAAGCAAUAUGAGCAAUAUAAGAUCAGAUCUUGAUCAAGUUAAAAACACAUUUUAAAAAUCGUAAAACAUGAGGAAAAUAACAGGAGAAGAGCACAGUCUGAGUGAUGGGUGCACAGCAAGGCUUUGGUCUGAAGAGGCCUUAUCGUAACAGGAUUAGGGAAGGUGCACAUUGGUGAAUCUGCAUACCAUGUGUGCCUGUUGCCCACAUGUGUCAAAGUGUGUGUACUUGUUUCAUAUUGUUCAAGUUCAAAUGAUUCUGUGUCUAAAAAUGCAACUCUGAUCAAUCAUUUAUUGUUGAUUUAACCGGUGCUGUGCCGGCCCAUGUUUCCCAUCUAUUCAUCCUCAAUUAAUGUUCAUGCUUUUAGUGGCUAAGGCAAAUGCUUCCAUGUCGCUGCUCAGUGUUGACACAUACUGUAUGCAUGUCCUCCUGUUAUAAAGGGUUAACCAUUACUGGUGUAUAGCAUCAGCUGUGUUGCCUGAAAAUAGGCUAUGUAGCCUGUUCGCUGCUUUGAAAAAAAAGUAUAUCUUUUCUGUUUUCUAUGAAAUGAUUUGUUGACUUCAAUCAUGGGAUCAUUCUAUUUUGUGUGUUGCAGUUUACAGUAUAAUAUUGAAAAUGCAGUACAAUAGCGUCUGGCUUCGCCUGUGUCAUUUGUAAAUAUAAAUAUUUUGUAUCUGAUGUUCGAUCUAUGCUGAGCCAAGCUUUUGUGUUGUGUAUUGAGUCCUAUAUGCUUCUCAGAUAAUUAAUCAGGUCACACAAUAGACAUCUGAGCUGUUAUGUUAAUUGUUUGUUGUUUAUUUCUUCAUGUAUUGUGUCUUGAUAUUUGUCUAUGUUGAUGUUACACAUGGAGCUGCUGUGAUGCAAGUCAAAUUUCAGACUUGAUCUGACCAUUAAAGUAUUAUCGUAUCAUAUCAUAUAUAAAAUGCUUAUCUAUCAUUCAAAGAGGCGUGAGCACCAUGUGCAAUUACUGACUAGUGUCUUUUAUAUAUUGUGUAUGAAAUUGCUUAAUGUUUUCACAUGUAAUGCUGCUUUCAUAAAAAUAAUUCCUGCUUUUAGACUUUCAAACCAAUUUAGACCAAUAUUUUUGGAUUAAAGUGAACCCAUUUUAUGUCAUGGCUUGUUUGAAUGCCUUUGCAUUUAUUUUUCUUCUUGCACUAUUUAUUCUGUAUAAAAGUGACAAUAAAUAAACAAUGA